AUGCCGCCCCUCCCGCGGCUGGACGAGGCCAUGGGGGCCCGCAGCGCCGCGGGGGGUGCGCCGGCGCCGGCGCCGGAGCGCGGCGAGGUGGUGCGUACGUACAGGUGGUCGCAGUUCUGGGGCAAGGAAGAGGUCACGGAGUUCGAUGAGGCCCAUUUCAAGUGCGAGGGGAAGUUCCAGCAGAACUCCUCCCAGGGCCACAAGGAGUACCAGGACCGGCUCCGCGCCAUCCACCUCCGGGCGCAGGGGAUACCGAAGGCGGACAUCGCCAGGUCCCUGGGGAGAUCGGAGAAAUUUGUGGCGAAGUGGUGGCAGAAGGAGCAGCAAGAAGUGCCGAGGCCAUGGGGCGUUCACGAGUACCUGACCAAGGAUAUGGGCGCCAAGCAGUCGGGCGUCGGUGCCACCAGCAGCGCCCAGCUUCUCGACCAGUCUGCGUCGGACACCGCGACCUGGUGGCGAGACGUGGAGGCCACCAACGCCCGCACUCGCGACUUCGCCACCGGCGCUUUCCACCUCAAAUACGACCAACGUGGCAAUAUCAAGUGGGAGGGCCACCAGGCCGGGCGGUACAAGCAGGGAAUGUCGGCUGGGAUGGACAAGUGUCUGCAGAAGCUCUUCGCGGAGUACGGCAUCGCCGAUCGCACGUCGGGGGUGCUGACAAAUUGGUACCCAGACGGCUUCGGCUGCGAGCGCAUCCUGACCAUCGACAACACCCCGCUGCUGAUGCAGGACGGCGACCUCGUCAUCUUUGGCACACAGCGGCACGGCGUACCGGUGAUGCCAGAAAUCGAGGAAGGCCGCAUCACCUUCGUGAUAUUCUUCUACCCCGACAGCAUGCAGAAGCAGGGCAUGUGGCAGACGAUCACGGACCCAGACACCAUGGCGCCGUCGCGACCGCUGCAGCGCAUGAUCGCCGAGGGGGACCUCGGCGCUGCGGCCGAGCAGCAGGUGGUGGUGGCGUCUGGCAAGGUCCAGGCCCUCCAGGAGCUGGGCUUCUCCAGCGCGGACGCCGAGGCCGCGCUUCGCGUGAGCGGCCUCGAC